CAAGCGUGCCGCAGUCUGGCUCUCUCAACAUGGCUGCUUUCCUUUUGUUUCGUGCAUCUGCUCUGCCUGGACUUCACCGUGGCCGAGAAGGAGGAAUGGUACACCGCCUUCGUGAACAUCACCUACGCCGAGCCCGCGCCGGACCCCGGGGCCGGGGCGGCGGGCGGCGGCGGCGCGGAGCUGCGCACGGAGAAGAGCGAGUGCGGGCGCUACGGGAAGCACUCGCUCAAGCAGGACGCCCGCGGGGAGGUGGUCAUGGCCAGCUCGGCCCACGACCGCCUGGCCUGCGACCCCAACACCAAGUUCUCCGCCCCGACCCACGGCAAGCACUGG